CGAAAAUAAUAAUACUAAUGACCAUGACUGUGGACUAGAAUUCUGACGAAAAACACAUUUGUAGACGUAGAAAACAACUGCAAUUCACAAACAAAGCAUCAGAAACGACAUCUUGAAUUCUAGAUUCAAUCCCCAUCUGAAUCUCCAUCUCCAUGGCCGUUGAUGCCACACAUCUCCAUCUCUUCCACCCCCAGCAGCUCUCCCUCAAUCAUGGAGAGUUUGGCGUGCAGGGGAGUCGUCAUCAUCAUCAGCUGGGAUUCGGUAAUGGGGAGAUUAGAUCGGCGCCGGUUCCGCCUUUCUCCGCCGCCGGCGUCGCUUUCCCGGGGAGUUUUCUUCCCCUCCAUCCGUCUCUCCUUCCCGCCGACCCUCUUCCGGCGAAGACCUCGCUCAACACCGAGAGCGGCCUCACUCAUAAUCUCCAGCAGGUUCCCAGAAAGAGACCCAGAGAUUCGCCGUCUCUGAACCCGCCCGCCGCCGCCGCUCCGGAGAAGAGAGCCCAGAUCCUAUCUCUCUUGGGUGAAGAAAUUCUGCCCGUAAUCCAACAGUAUCAGCUCGAAAUCGACACCAUCGUAUCUCACCAUGCGAAGAAGAUGAAAAUGGAAUUCGAAGAGAGGCAGAAGAAGCAGGGGAGGAUCCUGGCGGCGUCGAUCGGAGAAAGGGUGAUGAAGAAGCUCAAGGAGAAGGACGCUCAAAUCCAGAGAAUGGCGAAACUGAAUUUCGCCCUCCAAGAAAAGCUCAAGAACCUCUGCGUCGAAAACCAGCUAUGGCGAGAUCUCGCCCAGUCCAACGAAGCCGCCGCGAACUCCCUCCGGUGGGACCUCGAGCAAGCCCUGGCCCACAUCGGCGGCGACCGGAUCUCCGGCGUGGGCAGGGCCGCAACGGAGGAGUCUUGCUGCGGGAGCUGCGAGGAGCCGGAGGUGGGAACGCCGCCGGCGACGGACGAGAGGAUGUGCCGGAGGUGCGGGGAGAGGGAACCGAGUGUGCUCCUGCUGCCGUGCAGGCAUCUGUGCCUGUGCUCUGCUUGUGGGUCCACCGCCAUGCCCAGAAACUGCCCCGUCUGCAACUCCGCCAUGAAUGCUACACUCCAUGUUAACAUGUCGUCUUCCUGAUCAGAUUUCAGAAAAACGUCACACCAUAAACCAAUAGAAAAUUAGCAGAGGAACAGAAGUACGG